GAUGCCCUCACGACGGUAAACAAGUGGUAAGACUGCAUUUUCCAUUUCGAAUAGUCACUCCUUCAAACCAAUCAAAUUCGAACCCCCACAUGUUUGACAAAUUGUCCCUUACGAGCACGUCAGGGUAGGGUGCUGUGAUAAUUUCUUGCACCAGUGGGCACCUUCGCUUUAUUGUGGAGUAUGUAAAUGAUGGGUGCUCUGAAGAAUAUGGAACAGCUGCAGUCAACACGUUUUACUUUAUCUUUAGCUAUAUAAAGCCAGGCCAGAGAAGGGUAUUCAACCAAAAGGUACUUGGGGAGGUUGAAGACUCUCACUUUCCUACAAAAACCGGCAUCUUCCCCUUACAAUUCUCAUGUCGAAUCCUCCCAGAGUUCGACACAUCUCAGAAUGCUUUAUCAAACCAGAAUAUGCAUCGGAAGAGUCGAAGCAACCCUUAUACCUAACGCCAUGGGAUCUUCUCAUGCUCUCUGCGAACUACAUCCAAAAGGGCCUUUUUUACAACAAGCCUCCCGCAUCAGAUGACCAAGAUCAAGCCUUCGUCAAGACUCUCUUGGACCGGUUGAAGAGCUCCCUCGCCCUCGCCCUUGUCCAUUUCUAUCCACUAUCCGGCCGCCUUGUGACACAAAAGAAUGAAAACCCACCUUCCUGCUUGGUUUUCGUUGACUGCAAUAACAGUCCUGGAGCUAAAUUUAUCCACGCAGCGCUAGACAUGGAAAUAGCAGACAUCCUUUCCCCGAUUGAUGUCCCAUCUGUUGUUCAAUCGUUUUUUGAUCAUGACAGAGCGAUCAAUCAUGAUGGGCAUACAAUGGCUCUGCUUUCCAUUCAAAUGACAGAGCUCAAAGAUGGCAUUUUUAUAGGCUGUUCCAUCAACCAUUCAAUUGCAGAUGGAACAUCUUAUUGGCAUUUCUUUAACUCCUGGUCUGAGAUCUUUCAGGCAGAUGGAAAUAAUGUUUCCCUUUCGCGUCCACCUAUCCAUAAACGAUGGUUUCCUGAUGGAUAUGGUCCAAUCAUCAACCUCCCUUUCACACACCCAGAUGAGUUCACAAGCAGGUAUGAAGCACCCGAACUGAGAGAGAGAAUGUUCCAUUUCUCAUCAGAAUCCAUAGCCAAACUCAAAGCCAAGGCCAAUGCAGAGAACAACACAAACAGAAUCUCAUCCUUCCAAUCCUUGUCGGCACUUGUCUGGAGGUGCAUAACUCGUGCACGCCGUCUUCCACACGACCAGACAACCCAUUGCAGGUUGGCGACCAAUAACAGAACAAGAAUCGAUCCACCCUUUUCUCCUGACUACUUUGGGAACUUGAUUCAGGUGGUGGCAGGAGUAGCCACAGCCGGGGAAUUGCUUGAGCAGAAUCUUGGGUGGGCGGCAUGGCAGUUGAACCAGGCCGUGGUUAACCACUCUGACAAGAUUGUGCGUGGAUUGCUCGACGCCUGGCUGCAGUCUCCGACUGUUUAUCAAAUUAAUCGGGUAUUUGACCGUUACAGCGUGAUGAUGGGGAGUUCACCCAGAUUCAACAUGUACGGGAAUGAAUUUGGAAUGGGGAAAGCAGUGGCACUUCGCAGUGGAUAUGCAAACAAGUUUGAUGGGAAAGUUUCAGCAUACCCGGGAUAUGAGGGAGGAGGAAGCGUAGAUUUGGAGUUUUGCCUUCCACCAGAUUCAAUGAGAGCUCUGGAAUCUGAUGAGGAAUUCAUGGAUGCUGUCACUCUUUCCAAUCGGCUGCACUAAUAUUUUGCAAAGCUUUUCCCUGCAAUUAUUCAUUUAUCAUUUGAAGUCGCGUCAAGUGGAACUGAUGAAAGAAAGAUGUUUAAAAGGAUAAUAUAUAAUAAUUUCAUGUGUUUUAAGUGAACAGUAUACAGCACGUACGAUCUAUCAUAGUAAAGA